ACCAAGCACGCGCUUGAAGAGUAAGAUUGGAUUAUCAGUGAGAUAGGCUUGAUGGCAUGUCAGCAAAGCAAAAUGUAAUAAAAAGAAAAUUGGCAUGAUUUACGCGAAAGCGAAAGGAACACCGGUUGGCCAGCAAUGAGUUUUAUCUAUUUUCUAUAUUGUCGUCUGUGAGUGGUUGAGAUUCUCGUCUGAUUCAAAGAAAUUUUCAGAUCAUCCCUUUUUUGAAAUUUAUUCAGGCUUUCCUUUGUCACUAACUUUACCCAUUAAAACAAUUGACUUGGUUUCUUAAAAGUUUUUAUUGAUCUGACUGAAUGAACUAGUUUCUGACUGGGUUUGUUUGAGAAACAAGAAUGUCUGAGAAAAUGGCAGUGGAGAAGCCUAGCAGCACUAAGGGCCAAGCAUGGUUUUUUACUGUUGGUUUGCCAAGCGACAUUGUGAUCCAAGUCGAUGAUAUGACUUUUCAUCUUCACAAAUUUCCUCUAAUGUCCAAGAGUCGGAAGCUUCACCAAAUGAUAACAGAACAAGAAGCAAAUCCUACAACCAGUCUAGUUCGAGAAGAGAAAACCGAAAUUGAAAUCGAAGAAGAAGGAGGAGAAGAAAUUACCUGCAACAUCAGUUUACCUGACUUCCCGGGGGGAUCAGAAACCUUCGAGAUGGUGGCCAAGUUCUGUUAUGGCGUUAAAAUGGAGCUCUCCUCUUCUACUGUGGCACCUCUGCGAUGCGCUGGAGAGUAUCUUGAUAUGACUGAACAAUACGCAGAACAAAACCUUAUAUCCAAGACAGAGAUGUAUUUCUCUCAAUCCGUUUUCAAGAGUUUGAGGGAGUCAAUUAAGGCCUUGAAAUCCUGCGAAAGGGUAAUCUCAUUAGCGGAAAGUUUAAACAUUAUCCAGAGAUGUAUAGACUCAAUAGUCUCAAGAGCUUCAUCUGCCGAUCCCUCUCUGUUUGGUUGGCCGGUUACUGAAGGCGGAGGAAAGUCUAGUCAGGGUUUAUGGAACGGAAUCGAAACUGGUGUGCAUCGAAACAGCGCAAAAACCUCUGAAUCUUUCUCUUGGUUUGAAGAUCUCUCACUCUUGAGCUUGCCUCUGUUUAAGUGCUUAAUUUAUGCGAUGAAAGAUGGAGAUCUGAGUCAGGAAAUUAUUGAAAGCUGCUUAAUGAAUUACGCUAAAAAGCACAUUCCAGGCUUAUCAAGGGCAAGCAGAAAGCCAAGUUCAUCGUCAACAAUACCUUCAGAGAAUGAACAGAGAGAGCUAUUAGAGACUGUAAUUGCUAAUCUUCCUUUACAGAAGAGCGCCUCCGCCACAUCAACAACCGCAACAAGGUUUUUAUUCGGUUUACUCAGAGCUGCUAAUAUUCUAAACACCUCCAAAUCAUGCCGUUCUGCUUUAGAGAAGAAAAUCGGAUCUCAACUCGAUCAAGCUACACUUGAUGAUCUGCUAAUCCCUAGUUAUUCAUAUCUAAAUGAAACUCUAUAUGACGUUAAUUGUGUUGAAAGAAUUUUGGCUUACUACCUGGAAGGAUUGCAAAUUCAACAACAUCAGGACGAUACUGCAAGAUCUGCACCGUUAAUGCUCGUCGGUAAAUUGAUCGACGGUUAUCUUGCGGAGAUCGGAUCUGAUACUAAUCUCAAACCGGAUAAAUUCUACAAUCUAGCAAUUUCUCUUCCCGAUCAAGCCAGACUAUUCGACGAUGGUCUUUAUAGAGCUGUAGAUGUUUAUCUUAAGGCGCAUCCGUGGUUAACAGAGGCAGAGCGUGAAAAGAUUUGUGGAAUAAUGGACUGUCAGAAAUUCACACUAGAAGCGUGCACACACGCGGCACAGAAUGAGCGUUUACCUCUACGAACAGUGGUUCAGGUACUGUUUUUUGAGCAGUUACAGUUACGGCACGCCAUUGCGGGCACUCUAAUGGCGGCAGAGACGGUGCCGCAGGAAUUGAGGAGAGCAUCGCAGAAGGAGGAGGCAGAAACAGAAGCAGAGGAAAUUGUUGGUGAGGAGGUGAGUCGAAGUGAGCCGUGGGGGGAAGCGGUGAGGGAGAAUCAAGUGUUACGGUUGGAUAUGGAUAGCAUGAAGACGCGCGUGCAUCAGCUGGAGAGGGAGUGUUCGAUGAUGAAGAAGGUGAUUGAGAAGAUGGACAAGAAGGCGUCAGUUGGGAGUUGGAGAGAGUCGGUUAGUAGGAAGUUUGGGUGUAAGUUUAAAACGCAGGUCUGUGAUUCGCACGAAGAAAGGAUGGUGGACAACAGAAGGGGGCGGCAACACCAUCUGCAACAGCAGUAGAAAACAUUUACAUUUUACAUUUAAUUUAUAUGUGGUUAAUAAAGUUAUAAUUUACACGAAAUAUUUAAUAACAAGUGUGCUUACAAAA